UUUAAGUGCCUCUUUUGUGGGCCUAUGUGGAGUGGUUGUGAUAGGAAAGACAUGGGCGACCCAAGAAAGUUAAUUAAAAGUUAUUCGUUGAUGCUCAAGUUUACUUAGAAAAUGUGUUUAAUCAGUAGAAAAGUAACAAUUUACACAGUUCUGAGUGGACAGUUAUGUUGGGACUACAUAUAAAUAGGCUUCACUGAAAAAGGUGUGUAGCUCUCAACAUGAGGUUAGUAAGUCCCAGUUUUAUAUUGCAUUACUCAUUAGAAAUGACCCUUGUAUCCUUUCAUAGGAAAUAGCUACAAGUUAAUUUUUAAUACAGUGAUAAUAAUACUUCUUAUUCCAGGCAAGGGUAAAUGUUCCCUGUGUAAGUACUCAAACUCUGAAUAAAAGUAUGCAGAAGUUACCAUUUAGCACCAAGCCAGAAAUCCAGAUAGAAGCAGUAAAAGAAUUAGCAAAAUGCAACCCCAAGGGUCGGUUUUGGAUAAAGGCUGAUGAGACUCACUGAUGUGAAAGCAGCCUAACAGGAGUCAUUGCGAAAAUAGUGGAAUGGUGACGUGGAUUUGCUGGAUGGCAUCAAAGCUGCAAGAUAUACAAAGGGAGAAUGAAGCAAGAAUAUUGAGCUGUGAAACAACAACUAAAGACAAUAACAUCAGCAGGGAAGAUUUAGUUUUUGCAUUUGCAGCACUGAUUACUGCCUUAGAGGAAGACAUUGCAUUUCUUGAUGAUGGUCUCCAAAAAGCAGUCGAUUCUUUUUGUUCAAAGUUCAACAACCCCAGCACCCCAGUUGAGACUCUGAAAAGCCUUAAUUGGGACAUUGUAGAAUUUCAGAGACUGUUGGAACAGGCGUCCUUCUUCAAGUAGCAAAUCAGUACUUUCAUUGCUGACUUGAAUUCAUCACAAUCACAAGGACCAGUAGCACCUAACUGGAGACUGUGGCUGAAACAAUCCCAUGGCUAUUUGCAAUUCUUGUGAAACCUCUUCAAGAAAAAGCGGAUUUGUGCAACACACAUUCUUGUUUUCAUGGUGGCCGACGAGCAGCGCAUCUGCAAACCUUACGCCAUCCCCAUUCAGUAUGUGCCUAAUAAAGGGAUUAGAGACCAGGAAGUGAGGGAUCUCACCAAGAAAAUCAAAAUGGAAAUGACCAAGGCACAUCUCAAAGUUGUUGGUACCAGUACUGAUGGUGAGUUUGAGCAGUUAAGGAGGAGGGGUGAGACCCGCCCCCUGCACAUUUGGCAGCUAGCUCAUGAUGCUCGUGACAGUGUCAGCAAGAUGAGUAAAACAAUUUUGUUACAGAUGCUUGAAUUGCAAGGAGUUGAUGGCAAUGGUCUUCCAGUUGUGGUCCGUCCAAAUUCAGCUAUCCCACAUGAGGUUAUUUUUCAACUACAUGAGCUGAGAAACAACCAGAUGUUGAGCUUGGAAGAUGCAGUUACAUUUGGUAGAGGGAAACUGGUCCCUGAUGGGUAUGCACCAUUACCCUUCAGAAAGGACACACCUGAAAGUUUGCUUGACAAACUAGGAUCUGUGGUGGCCACAUACCAGUUCAGAUGUGAUGUCCAACACUGGAAACAUCAAGGUGUUGAUUUCAGCCUGUAUGUGUAUGUGCCAGAGGUGGACCCAAUCACUGGAGACAUUCACCAUGAAAGAGCAGACCACAACCACCUACUAAAGAGAAUAGCUAAGCACACCAGGGAUGGCAACAACAGUGAGCUCAUUUAUGAAAGGUUUGAUGAAGCCAUGCGCAACCCCAUGACGGGACUCACCCAUGCAGCAUUGGUUGGUUCACACAAGCAGUCAGUACCAGAUGCUGAGAAAUUGCUCUCUUUUCAUGUGGCCAAAUUUUUCAAAGACAACCACUACCUUGCAGAAGCAGAAUACGUUGAGACGGUUGCUUUAUGGCAUGAAGCAUCUGAUGGGCGUGGCCUAAGUCAACUACAAAGAUGCAGGCAGAACUAUCAGAUGCUCAAUUACAUCCUGGAUGAGUGGAUUCCUUGGCAUCAGGACAAUUAUGAUCUGUCCACACUUGACAUAAACAAGCCUAUAGGGGGUUUGAGAGGGUUUUCUCGAGAAACCAUCAUUGAAGUGACAACCAACAUUGAAAGUCAAGAGUUUCGUCGUCGACAAAAUCAAGAAAUUGGCUAUGUGGAGAAUCCCCGUGCAUCGGAAACUGAUGACCUCGAGUGCUUUUAUGGUAUGUGCCACACUUGGUUGGGUCCAUAUUUCACCCUCAAGGAUUUCAAGCUAAAGUGGAGGAAGAUUGUACGGGAAUUUACAAAACGUAUGGACCCAGAUCUUCCCUUCUUUUACCAUACUCUGAAUGAAAGGUUCUCAGUGGACUUGUUGCCAUCUUUUGAUGAACCACCACCAGGCUGUGGAAGUGAUGAUGAAGAUUGUGAUGACCUAACAAAGAACCCAUACCGUUUGCACCGUCUUGUUAGAAAUACCAGGGAAGAUGGAUCCAUAUUUGCUGCCGGUCGGUCAUUUCUUCCAGCCAGAAACAGAACAUCGACAAGACAACGAUUUCAUCGUUUUGAUAUUGGCUUACCCCCUGUUCCUCAAGGAUAGCAAUUGUAUCUUAUAUAUUUAACCCCCAACAAUACUAAUUAUUAUUUUCUCCUUACAAUACCAAUGACAUGAAGACAAGUGCUGAGAAUAUAGAUUUAAUCACCUAGGAGGAACUGUCACAGCUUGAGUCAUAAAGAAAUAAAUUUUUGAACUAAACCCUACCAAAACAGGAUUUUUUUAUCCAAGUGAAUACUAAGUUAUGUAAAGUUAUCUUAAUACAAAAUCAAGUAUGUCUUUGCAAGAGUGUGUCAACGGAAAAUAAUGUGUAUACAUCCUCAAACCAAAAAAUGGUAAGCAAUUAAAAUUCAAGACUUAUUAAAAUCAUUGGUCAAGGGUGAUCAAAGAAAUAAAGUUCUUUUUAAUAAA